AUGGUCGGAGUGACAAGGCUAGCAAGAGGAGUCUCACAUCACCUGGUAUUUGUGAGUUUGAGUCUGACGAGAACGUCAAGGCUUUUUAAAGGGGGGUAUUUCCUCCGCCCUCCCCACCAACUCAUCCAUGUCGUCGUCUUCUUCCUCCUCCCUCCUCCCCCACCCACCACCACCGCCGACGCGCUCCGCCGCUCCUCCGCCUCCUCCGCCUCCUCCUCCUCCACGCUCCCCUGCCUCAUCAAAGCCUCCGCCCAAUUGGAGGCCGCCCCAGAAGGGAAGCAGCUCCAUGGCCUCGCCCUAAAGCUCGGCUGCGCCUCCGAUCCCUUCGUCAGCAGCAGCUUGGUAAGCUUCUACGCCAAAUGCGGCGACUUGGGCUCGGCGAGCAAGGUGUUCGAUCGCAUUGCGUGCAAGGAUUCGGUCGCUUGGAACUCGUUAAUCGACGGGUACGCGAAGAGCGGAGCGAUCGGGCCCGCACGGAAGCUGUUCGACGAAAUGCCGCAGAGAGAUUUGUUUUCCUGGACUUCGUUGAUCAACGGGUACUCGAAGUUGGGGGAGAUUGACACCGCACGGGAGCUGUUUGAUCGAAUGCCGGAGAAGAAUGCGGUCUCCUGGAAUGCGAUGAUAAACGGGUACAUGCGAAGCGGGGACUUUGCGUCGGCAAGAAGGCUGUUUGAUGAAAUGCCGAUGAGGAAUCUUGUCACCUGGAAUUCGAUGAUCUCGGGCUUUGAGAAGCUCGGUCUUUUUAACAAGGCUCUCGAGGUUUACGAUGCAAUGCGCCGAGAAAACUUGGCUCCCAAUACCGUUACGUUGGUAAGCGCGCUUUCGGCGGUCUCAGGGUUAGCUCUUCUUCAGAGGGGUAAGGUGAUUCACACGCACGUUCGCCAAAAUGGAUUCAACUUAGACGGCGUUCUCGGAGUCUGUCUUAUUGAGAUGUACUCAAAGUGCGGAAGCAUAAAGAGCGCACUCUCUGUUUUCAAACGGAUUCAUAGGAAAAAGGUGGGGCAUUGGACCGCGAUGAUCACGGGCUUAGGAAUGCAUGGCAUGGCCGGGCACGCCAUAAAACUCUUCGGAGAAAUGCAGGGCGCUGGAUUCAAACCGAAUUCCGUAACUUUUGUGGGCGUGCUGAACGGUUGUAGUCAUGCGGGAAUGGUGGAAGAGGGUCGGCGCUAUUUUGAGCUCAUGCGCACAAAGUAUGAUAUAAGGGCGACGGUAGAACACUAUGGGUGUUUGGUGGACCUUCUUUGCCGAGUUGGUCGGUUAGAAGAGGCGAGAGUUGUGAUAAACCGGAUGCCUAUGAAGCCAAACAAGGUAAUAUGGAUGAGUCUACUUAGUGGGUGUAGGAAAUAUGGAAACAUCGGCCUCGGAAAAUAUGCUGCGGAAAAUGUUGUUGAACUGGCACCCGACGUGUCAGGUUGCUACGUCCUUCUCUCCAAUAUAUAUGCCUCCGCUGGCCGUUGGGACGAAGUCUCGAAGCUUAGAGAGUUGAUGAAGGAUAGAGGAGUGAGAAAGGACCCAGGUUGCAGCAUGGUGGAAUAUGAUGGCAUUGUUCAUGAGUUUAUUGUGGGGGACAGGUCUCAUCCUCAAACCAAAGAGAUCUACUGUAAAUUGAAUGAGAUGGGUAUCAAAUUGAAAAGCGCGGGGUAUGUACCGGAUACUUCGCAGGUUCUAUUAUGCGUGGAAGACAAAGAUAAGGAAGCCGAGUUGGCUCGUCAUAGCGAGAGGUUGGCGAUUGCUUUCGGGCUGAUCAAUGUGAAAGCAGGGGCUCCGAUUAGGGUCGUCAAGAACCUACGUGUUUGUAACGAUUGCCAUAGCGCGACGAAGCUUCUUUCGGCUAUUUAUGAGCGGGAAAUCGUCGUUAGGGACAAUAGCCGCUUCCACCAUUUUAAAGAUGGCGCGUGCUCUUGUAUGGAUUACUGGUGAGCUUAUCAUGUGUUUCCGGAGUAUGCUUGAGACUUUGAAGUCUCUCUAUCUUCGGUUCGUGCCGGGCGGAUUUCUGGCUUUCUCUUGAGAUUGCUGCAUAGUAAUAGUUAUUGAGUGAAUGAUGGAGUUUCAUGGUAUGUAGUACGGUAUGCACAAAGAAAUGGAAGAAGAUUUGUGUGAAGUAUUAAAUGUCAAUUGAUUGUUCAGAACACUGGAAGAUACGAUUACAUGGAAAAGAAGAUAUUCUGGGGGUGAUUA